CUCCCAUUACCGGUUCCUGGCUGCCUCUGCGUGUUUCCGCCGCCUCGCUCCCUCCCGAUGCUAACGCCGUCCGGCUCGGCUGCGGGAGCGUAAUGGCGGUGCACCGGGGACCCUCCACGAAAUGGCUCUUCACCCGGGAGCAGCUGGAGAACACGCCGUCCCGCCGCUGCGGCAUCGAGGCCGACCGGGAGCUGUCCUACCGGCAGCAGGCCGCCAACCUCAUCCAGGACAUCGGCCAGAGGCUGAACGUCUCGCAACUAAUAAUCAAUACCGCCAUAGUUUAUAUGCAUAGGUUUUAUAUGAUCCACUCAUUCACCAAGUUCCACAGAAAUAUCAUCUCUCAGACCACGCUGUUCCUGGCAGCUAAAGUGGAAGAGCAGCCCAGGAAGCUGGAGCACGUCAUUAAAAUCGCCCAUGCCUUCAUUAACCCGUCGGAGCCGGCCUUAGACACCAAAAGCAGUGCGUUCCAGCUGCAGGCGCACGAGCUGGUAGUUCUGGAGUCAAUCGUGCUGCAAACGCUGGGUUUUGAAAUAACAGUUGAUCAUCCUCACACAGAUGUUGUGAGAUGUUCCCAGCUAGUGCGAGCAAGCAGAGAUUUGGCUCAGACUUCCUAUUUCAUGGCUACCAACAGUUUGCACCUCACCACCUUCUGCCUGCAGUACAGGCCCACAGUGGUGGCAUGUGUCUGCAUCCACCUGGCCUGUAAAUGGUCCAACUGGGAGAUCCCCGUGUCCACGGAUGGGAAGAACUGGUGGGAGUAUGUGGACCGAACCGUAACGCUACAGCUGCUCGACGAACUCACCCAUGAGUUCCUGCAGAUCCUGGAGAGGACGCCCAGCAAACUGAAGAGGAUACGGAACUGGAGGGCGAUCCAAGCUGCUAAGAAACCAAAGUCGGAGGGCUCCGCCGUGGAGACCGCCUACCAGGGGACGUCCUUAGACAGCCUCCCCGCCGUCGCCAACUCCUUCUUCUCCAGCACGGACGCCGGCGCCAUGCCGGGCCUGAACAGCAUCCCGGCUCCCUACAGCCUGUACCAGAACCUCAGCGACCAGUUUUCCCAGCCCCCCCACUCGGACUUCACGCUGGUCAAGCACAAACAUAAAGCUGCGGGCGGGGGCGGCGACCACCAGCAGCUGGGGGCCGCCGCCUUUUCCCGCUCGCAGAAAGUGUUGACUCUGGAAAAGUACCGGGAAAAACAGGCGGCGGAGCUGCAGAACGGCGUGAAGGAGGAGCCCGGCACGGACAUGUACAUUCCCCCCGCCCCCCACCACCACCACCACAAGAAGCACGACGGCAGGAGGGAAAAGCCCGGCUCGAAGAAGCCGCGGGCGGCCACCGCCGCCACCUCCUACGCCGACGGCGGCUCCUCCACCAGCGAGGAGUUGAAGAUGCGCAUCAAAGUCUCGUCGGAGCGCCACGGCGGCUCGGAGGCCAGCAAAGACAAGCACAAAAGCCACCGCCACUCCAAACACUCGUACUCCCUCACAGCAGGCGGCAGGGAGAACGGAACCACCCGCGCCGCCGCCCACGGCGACUCCUCCGGUUCGUCCCGUAAGAGACAGCACGCCGACGGCCACCACCACCACUCGUCCAAGAGCAGCCGCUCCUCCAAAGGAGGCUCCUCCCACUACUCCUCGUCCUCUGAGGGCGGCCCGAGGAUGAUGGAGCACCACGACGGGACGAACGGGAUGAUCCUCUCCAACGGCCAGCACACCGACUACAAAAACACUUUCGACAUGCUGGACUCUUUACUAAGUGCCCAAGGAAUGAACUUGUAGCCGCGGAGCCGCCGGCGGCGAUUAGGACGACUUUUCUAGAAUUUUAAAGAAUUUUAUUUGUUUUAAGUUAUCCGCGUCGAGUUUUAUGAAUGAAUUGAAGCCGUGACUUUGAACAGAAGCGGGUUUUUCUGCAUGUUUGAGUCACCAAAGGGAAAAAUCGGUGUUAGCAACCAUCGUUUACACCGCUACUUUAUUAUUAUUUUUUAAGUUCAAACUUUUUGUUCCACAAAAACAAAAAAAAUACAUCUCAGGUCUUGAACUUUUUGGAUUAAAAGUCUUCUACCUGCAUCUGUGGAGAUGCAUCACCUUCACGUGCCGGCGAAGACCAGCCGAACUGCUACUUAACUAGGAAGUUCCUUCAGAAUAAAAGCACUGAAGACUGUCUUUUUGGGGACUACUGUGACGCGUAGACUCGAGAAGAAAAAAAAAACGAGAAAUAAGGAUGCUCCAUCUGCUGUGAAAGAAAAGUGAUUGUAACUAGUCACUCGCUAUUCAGUAUGAUUCAUCAGACCGAUAAACUAUCAUUGUGUGUACAUAGGGCUGUAGUUCAGAUUCAAACUGUUGUUUAUUGCACCAGUGAUCAGUCCAAACUUUAAUGUAUUAUGAGAUCCAAAGCAGGCUGUGUUAUGAACAUUUAUGUAUUUGGAGCCCAAAUAAAAGAUGUUAAAGUCA